GAAUUUGCUGGAGGCCAGUCGGUCUUCAUGGACAUAGCACCUCCUUUUAUUACCUAACACCGAUUUCCUUAACAUUCGGAUAAUUUUUUUAUAUCACAUCGAAGCAACGAUGGGAAACUCUGCAUCUCGACAGAAAUUCAACGUGUGGGUAACCCUGGAGCGAGGCUCCUCCCUGGUGGACUCCAUCAAGCUCUCGUGCAAGGACUCCACCUGCUGCCUGAAGAGGAGGCGUACGGUCGCCUCCGUCAAGCUCCCCGUGGAAGGCUGGUCUUGCGUCGCAGGGAUUCAAGGCUGCCACGCCGAGGGUGAGCUGCGUGUGCCCUUGGCGAAGCUGUGCAAGAAAGACGGCAACGCGGCCGUCAGGAUGCAAUGCGCCUCGCUUAGGAAGCCAGUCUUCACCUCUUCCAUGCCGCUGGCCUGGCUGCUGGACAACAUCAGCGGCCUCCACUUCUCGCUCUUCUGUGACGACGGGCCCGCCUUCACCAGCCUCCGGUGCAACGGGAGGCGGUGUGGCGAGCCCGUCCGUGCGGUGAGCCCUGCACCGCGUGCGGCCACUGACGGGGUGGCCAGGACCGAUGAGGCUGAUGAUUCAUGGGCAGCCUUUGAAGUGACGACCCAUGAUGACUGGUCCGUGGAGGCUGAUGAUUCAUGGGCAGCCCCAGACUUGGUGACCUCUGUUGCUAUGGUCGAGGCUGAUGAUUCAUGGGCAGCCUUUGAAGCAAUGACGCGUGAUGACUGGUCCGUGGAGGCUGAUGAUUCAUGGGCAGCCCCAGACUUGGUGACCUCCGCUGCUAUGGUCGAGGUUGAUGAUUCAUGGGCAGCCUUUGAAGCAAUGACCCGUGAUGACUGGUCCGUGGAGGUUGAUGAUUCAUGGGCAGCCUUUGAAGCAAUGACCCGUGAUGACUGGUCCGUGGAGGUUGAUGAUUCAUGGGCAGCCUUUGAAGCAAUGACCCGUGAUGACUGGUCCGUGGAGGUUGAUGAUUCAUGGGCAGCCUUUGAAGCAAUGACCCGUGAUGACUGGUCCGUGGAGGUUGAUGAUUCAUGGGCAGCCCCAGACUUGGUGACCUCCGCUGCUAUGGUCGAGGUUGAUGAUUCAUGGGCAGCCUUUGAAGCAAUGACCCGUGAUGACUGGUCCGUGGAGGCUGAUGAUUCAUGGGCAGCCUUUGAAGCAAUGACCCGUGAUGACUGGUCCGUGGAGGCUGAUGAUCCAUGGGCACCCGCCGAAUUGGUGACCGCCAUCACCGAUGAGGCUGAUGAUUCAUGGGCAGCCUUUGAAGCAAUGACCCGUGAUGACUGGUCCGUGGAGGCUGAUGAUCCAUGGGCACCCGCCGAAUUGGUGACCGCCAUCACCGAUGAGGCUGAUGAUUCAUGGGCAGCCUUUGAAGCAAUGACCCGUGAUGACUGGUCCGUGGAGGCUGAUGAUUCAUGGGCACCCGCCGAAUUGGUGACCGCCAUCACCGAUGAGGGUGAUGAUACAUGGGCACUCUUUGAAGUGACGACCCGUGAUGACUCGUCUGAUGAAGCUGAUGAUCCAUGGCCAGCCUUUGAAGCAAUGACCCGUGAUAACUCGUCUGAUGAGGCUGAUGAUACAUGGGCACUCUUUGAAGUGACUACCCGUGAUGACUCGUCUGAUGAGGCUGAUGAUACAUGGGCACUCUUUGAAGCAAUGACCCGUGAUGACUCGUCUGAUGAGGCUGAUGAUACAUGGGCAUCCGCCGAAUCGGUGACCGCCAUCACCGAUGAGGAUGAUGAUCCAUGGGAUGCCCUCGAAUUGAUAACCAGUAAUGACUGGUCUGAUGAGGGUGAUGAUCCAUGGGAUGCCCUCGAAUUGAUAACCAGUAAUGACUGGUCUGAUGAGGGUGAUGAUCCAUGGGAUGCCCUCGAAUUGAUAACCAGUGAUGACUGGUCUGAUGAGGCUGAUGCCUUCCUGGACGUCACGGCCAUCUGUGCUGUCGUUGUGUACAUUGUCUUGCUUCACUAAGCAGCCUGGUAACACACUCACCAGUGACCCCCGGCGCAGGCGCGAGCCACAUCGUGAGCCACACUCCCGGGGAGCGAGACCCUUCAGUGACCGUCGCUCUUAUUACACCUUCAGGGGAGGAGCUCCAGCUGUAUUUCUUAUCUUAUCAAUGAAAACCUUUAC